GGCAGCCAAGAGGCGUCGCGCGUCGCUAGGGCGACGGCGGCCAGGCACGGCGGAGGCGGGGCCGCGUCCCGGAGUGGGCGGAGCGUGCAGCGGGGCGGGGCAUCUCUGUGACGCUAGGGGCCGGGCCUACUUGAUGAAACCCGUAGGGGGUGGGGUGGGGUUUGAACUGGCCAAUGGGCGAGCUGCCGACUGGGUGUCGGAAAAGGAGGCGGAAGCGGGGAGGAGCGGCCGCGGGAGCCGGACUGCAUCCGCCGCGGCGUCUCCAUGGCACGACCCUGGCCUCCGACUUCAACGACUUUAUAAGGAGACGGUUCUGGGCGCAGCCGUGUCGCUCUUGGUUUCCAUCGUGUGGGAAGAACGGAGUAACGAGUCUCACACAGAAAAAGGUCUUGAGAACACCUUGUGGCGCACCCAGUGUAACAGUGACGAUCAACCUUUUUUGUGUUGCCCUCCCCUGCCUGCCAUGAAGGACCGUUCUUCAACUCCCCCCUUACAUGUUCACGUGGAUGAGAACACCCCUGUCCAUGUCCACAUAAAAAAACUCCCGAAACCAUCAGCGACCAACAGCCAGGUAGGAGCACGGCGGUGGGGCAAGGAGCAGCUGUGGACCAUCUCCCGGCCCAGCCAACUCCUGCUUCUGACGCCAAAGAAAUCUCAUAAGCGUGGAAUGAAAGGGGACACCGUGAAUGUACGGCGGAGUGUCCGGGUGAAAACCAAGGUACCUUGGAUGCCCCCUGGAAAAUCAUCUGCCCGGCAUGUGGGAUGCAAAUGGGAGAAUCCACCUCAUUGUCUGGAGAUCACACCACCAUCUUCAGAAAAGCUGGUCUCGGUUAUGCGAUUAAGUGACCUCUCUACAGAAGACGACGACGAUUCAGGUCACUGUAAAAUGAACUGUUACGAUAAGAAGAUUGACAGUCUAAUGAACGCAGUCGGUUGUCUGAAAUCUGAGGUCAAGAUGCAGAAAGGCGAACGCCAGAUGGCCAAAAGGUUUCUGGAGGAGCGCAAAGAGGAGUUGGAGGAGGUUGCCCACGAGCUGGCAGAGACGGAGCAUGAGAACACGCUGCUAAGACACAACAUCGAGAGGAUCAAGGAGGAGAAGGACUUCACCAUUCUCCAGAAGAAACACCUCCAGCAGGAGAAGGAGUGCCUCAUGUCCAAAUUAGUGGAGGCAGAAAUGGAUGGAGCGGCUGCCGCCAAACAAGUCAUGGCCCUAAAGGAUACCAUCGGGAAGCUGAAAACUGAGAAACAAAUGACUUGCACGGACAUCAACACCCUAACGAGGCAGAAGGAGCUUCUCCUGCAGAAGCUGAGCACAUUUGAAGAGACCAACCGCACCCUCCGAGACCUGCUGAGGGACCAGCACUGCAAAGAGAAGGAUUCCGAAAGACUAAUGGAGCAACAAGGUACUUUGCUGAAACGUCUGGCGGAGGCGGACACAGAGAAAGCGCGCCUGCUGUUACUGCUGCAAGACAAGGAUAAGGAGGUGGAAGAACUCCUCCAGGAAAUACAGUGUGAGAAGGCUCAAGCAAAGUCAGCCUCCGAGCUUUCGAAGUCCAUGGAGUCUAUGCGUGGGCAUCUACAGGCGCAGCUUCGGUGCAAAGAGGCAGAGAACAGUCGCCUGUGCAUGCAGAUCAAGAACUUGGAGCGCAGUGGGAACCAGCACAAGGCAGAAGUGGAGGCCAUCAUGGAGCAGCUAAAGGAACUGAAGCAGAAGGGAGACCGAGAUAAAGAGACCCUGAAGAAGGCCAUCCGAGCCCAGAAGGAGCGAGCCGAGAAGAGUGAGGAGUACGCCGAGCAGCUGCACGUGCAGCUUGCCGACAAGGACCUAUAUGUUGCUGAAGCUUUAUCUACUCUGGAGUCAUGGAGGAGCCGUUACAACCAGGUUGUGAAAGACAAAGGAGACCUCGAGUUGGAAAUUAUUGUCCUAAACGAUCGAGUGACAGAUCUCGUAAACCAGCAACAAAGCUUGGAGGAGAAGAUGCGGGAAGACCGGGACAGCCUUGUAGAGAGACUGCACCGGCAGACCGCUGAGUAUUCUGCAUUCAAGCUGGAGAACGAGAGGCUGAAGGCUAGCUUCACCCCAAUGGAGGACAAGCUCAAUCAGGCCCACCUGGAGGUCCAGCAGCUGAAGGCGUCGGUGAAAAACUAUGAGGGGAUGAUCGACAACUAUAAGAGCCAGGUGAUGAAAACCAGAUUGGAGGCUGAUGAAGUGGCUGCCCAGCUAGAGCGCUGUGACAAAGAAAACAAGAUUCUUAAGGAUGAGAUGAACAAAGAGAUCGAGGCGGCCCGCCGGCAGUUCCAGUCCCAGCUGGCUGACCUGCAACAGCUGCCUGACAUCCUCAAGAUCACGGAGGCUAAGCUGGCCGAGUGCCAAGACCAGCUGCAGGGCUACGAGAGGAAGAACAUCGACCUCACAGCCAUCAUUUCAGACCUGCGCAGCCGGGUAAGGGACUGGCAGAAGGGAUCUCACGAACUGGCCCGAGCAGGGUCCCGCUUACCGAGAUGAGCUGCACAGCCCCAAGGGACGACCGCCUCCUUUUUCUUGGCUGCCGAUUUCUGAAAGGAGUGAGUUAUCAUCAGUGCUGUGAAAUAAAAGUCUGGUGUGCCAAA